UGAGGACCACCUUAGGCAUGCUCCCACCCCUUGGCUAAAGAAAGUAAUGCCAACUCCGUUCAGUUUUCUUUAGCUGUAUAGUUAUCAUCUGGGAAAACCUUCCCCCUUUAGACUGCAGCAGUUAACGGAAUAUUUGGAAUACCAAAGUAUUUUUUGCAGUGAUUCCUUUUUGUGAUGUCAAUUCUCCCCUGCCUCUAAAAACGUUAAUCAGAAUUUGAAUCCAUCUGGUCUCAGGAUUGGAAAGCUAUUCUCGAAGCAGAUCAAAGAUGUUUAUUAAAGUUCAAUUCUUCAUCUUCGUUCUAGGGAGCAUGCCCUUCAUAGCACUUGCUGAAGAAGCAAGCUCAGUUCUAGAAGGAGAAGAAAGUACAACAAUUGAUUUCAGAGACAGAAAUGAUACAGAAUUUGAAGAAUUACCAACCCUGUUGCCCACAAGACUACACAAUGUAACAAAUCUCUUGCAGUUUGGACAACUGAUGACCACACAAAGUGCAUUUGCCCCAGCUGAAGACAGUGAUAAUUCUACUGGUUACGAAGUUAACACAGAAAGUGUUGAUGGUGGACUGAGUGGGGAACCAGAGAAAACUGAAAAAGGUGGUCUGGAAACAAUUGCACUAGUUGGAAUAAUUAUUGGAAUCAUAGUUGCAGUUGGAAUCCUUGCAGGAAUAAUAAUCGCUGUUGUAAGGAAGAUGUCAGGCAGGUACUCGCCCUGAAAACAGUUGAAGCAAGCAGCCAUGCCAUUCUAUGCCAGAAGAUACAAGUGCUUCUUGUUUUAUAAGAACUAAAGACUAUUCCUGUAUUGGUGUGAGAAGAUGAUCCAUGGAAAAUAUGGUCAAAGAAUUCCAGAUCUAUGGGGAUCCCACACAACUCUAAGGACUCCCUCCCCCACCCCCCCAACUACAGAGUACAGAACAUUUAAUAGGAUUUUUACUAGCCAGGAGUUUACUAGAAGAAAGAAAAAGAUUACACAGUAAGAAAAAACCCAGCAGCAAUGAGAUUUACAUCUGAAAUGUGAUUUGCAGGUAAUAUUUUUAAAUGCUACCAAAGAUUAUUUCACAUUGCAUUUUAUGCAUUUCUUUAAAAAACACAUCCAGAAUCUCUUAAGUGUUUUUGGCUUGUUAAGUGCUUGUGGCAUGUUUAUCUACCAAAUGAUGUAUCAAAAAGGAAAGAUUUGCUUCAGAGAACCGAUUAUUUACAAAUUUAGAAAAUACUAGAUAUUGGAAGCUAAAAUCCUUCCACUAUUGAUACAGAUUUUCUGCUCUUGAUGCUUAUGUUAUUAUGUGACAAAAUAUGGUAGGCCCAGCUGGAACUGACCUACCAACUCAAAGCUUGCUCAUCUGACUGUUGCACCAGCAAUUUCCUGUCUUCUCUUGUUGCAGAGACAUACAGGGAUUGAAAUACACAUCCUGAAUUAAAGGGUGCUUGGAAAAUACCCAAUUUUGAUGGGUCACUUUAACCAGUUACUCAGCAUGCUUUAGAGGCAACAUGUAGAAGCUUUUGAAUUAGUGUAUACAAUUUUUUUACUUUUUAACUGUCUCAUUUCUAACUGUAUAGUUGGCUUGUUUGAUAACGUGUGUGCAACACUAGAUCGGAAUAUGUUAAUGAGGUAUAAAGCACCUUUGGAGUCUACAGCUUUUCUGUGGCAUAUUUAGUGCAGCAGUACCUGAACACACAGAGUUCAGAGCAAAGGCUUUGUAUGUCAAGUGGCUGCAAUGCAUCAUGUUUUCUAACCUUUAAGUCACUUAAAUGUUUGGUGUAAAAAUCAUGAUAAUCCAUAUGGUCAAUAAUUGCUAAAUAUGUCAACUUAUAUAGACUUGCUUUUCUGUUUCUUUCAUGUGCCAUUAACUAUCAUAUCAAUCUGAGCUUUGGAAAUAAAAAUUAUAAUGUAAAUUGUC